AUGAUGGUGGAAGUCGUGGUGUUUAUGAAUGAGGAAUGUGUUUAUUGGUCGGGAUCGAGUAGAGUCUUUUUUGCUGCUAGUGGUAACAGCUAUGUGCAAAGACUAGGCAGUUUUGGUUCUUUGAUAUGUAAUGUACUCAUCACCGUUGACCUGCCGAUUGGCCCUUUUCAGGAUUCUGAUAUGCUGCCCAAGAUUAUGUCAGAGAAGAAGAAACUGAACCUGGACAGGCCUAUUUUAUCGGUUAGAAAAUACUCGUCAAUCAAACUGGAAAACACCAGCAUUCAUCCUGUUAAAAUUGGUGGGUCAGUCCCUUUCCUAUGGGAAAAGAGUCCUGGGAAAGCAAGAGAAAACGAGGAUAAUAAUAACAAGCGCAACUCUCGGAAUACCCAAAGAGAGGAGAGAAAGAGCUGUGAUUCGAAUGACAAAGCAUUUGCAGACGCACUCAACACGCUAUCAAGAAUCGAAUAUUUUCUCCUCCUCAACAACGGCUGCACGGAAAAGAAUGGUCUUCAAAACCGGGAGCUAAUGGUGGAUGGAUUUCUCCCUCACACAACCGAAAAGCAAUCACAGCGACAACUGAGACUCAAAAUGAGAGUAGUGUGGCGUGACAGCUCAGACGUUCACGGCAUGGGAAAGUGGUUUAAAGAAAGAAACACGAAUUCAAAUGAGAAUAAGAGCAUGCGGCAGAACAACGGAUCAAAUAGAAUAACUUUUGAGCAACUUUUGGCUGAUACUUGUGAUAAGGCGAACAAUACACAGAGUUUGAACACAAAUUCAAAUAUUCAUCCGCCUCUGUUGAAAUCGCCAGCAGAUUCUUGGCUUGGCCGUACUUUGUCAGCAAAGAAAAGAUUACCACAUUCGUACGUUGGUUGGUCAAAUAAAUCAUUAAAACCAGAUGAGUAGAAGCUGUUGAUUGUAUUGAGCCUGCUGAUGAACACUACAAAAAGCCAAAAUGUCCGGAGGACAUUCCAUAAACACAUAUCUACAUUUAUACAUAGACAGAGAUAUUUUAUCAUAUUAUUUAGUCACAAUGUUUCUCAGUUCGUCAGCAGCAACUGUAUGAUAAACUUACUGAGAGAAAUUCCACUGUCUCAUUACAUCCAUUUCAUGUCUCUGAAGGGAUAAACAAAUUGUGUUGUGAAAAUGGUUUGAGCUUAUUUUAUGUAAUUUCUCAUAUAUCACUUAACUAUGGAUAUUCGAUCAU